AAGAAAUACGACCUAGAGAUGUAUUCAAAAGGGACUAAUAUGUACGGCAAACAUCCACUAGAGAUAUUAGACAGCUUUUCAAAUUCAAAUCCCAUUUUCUAACUGGAGCUCAUAGAGGCAUGAAUAAACCGCUUGGAAUCGUGAUUUUUUUUCUCUGUGGAUUGGCGGCUGGUAGAGCACCACCAGAAAAAUGUGAAAGAACAUGGAAAAAAAUUGGAUGCUUUCAUGACAGAAUUAUUCCUGAUCGACCCUACCCCUACGAACUUGUUAAUCACCGUGAUCCGAUAAAUCCGAACUGGGAUUCGCAUUUACUUGAUUGGAAGGAAUGGUCUGCAUCUCUGCAUGCGUUGGCCUGUAAAUGCUACAGUUUGGCCAAGGAGAAAGGAUUCAGGUAUUUUGGAUUGCAGUUUUAUGGUGAAUGUUGGUCUGGACCAUCCGAAAGAUAUUUUCGUGACGGUCCGUCCACUAAGUGCAUUGGGAAUGACUUUAAAUCCUGCAACAAAUCAACUGAUACUGAAUGCGUUGGAGCACCUUUUACAAACUACAUCUACGACACUCAAUCAACAAAAGAGAAACAAGCAGUACCAGGUGGCUGGAGUGAAUGGUCAAGUUGGUCUGCUUGCAGUAGAAAAUGUGGUGGAGGGUUAAAAGAGCGCAUGCGCACUUGUACAAAUCCGAAACCAACGUAUGAUGGAUCGUAUUGUGAAGGAGAGGGAUCAGAUAGCAGUGAAUGUAAUACUGAAAGAUGUGAACCUGUUUGCCAGAAAAAAUUAGAGAUCGGUGUCAUCACAGAUGCUUCAACAAGCGUGACUUCUAAAAAUUACAGAAAAGUCAAACAAUUUGUUGUGGAUUUGACCAAGGAAUUCAAAGUUGGUCAGGAUGGUGUUCAUUUCGGCAUGAUUCAUUUUUCGUGGGGAGCUCAUCUUGAUUUCACAAUGAAAAAUAGAGCAUAUUGGAAUCCUUACGUGCUUGAACAGAAAAUAUUGUCCAGUAAAUACUCGUACGGUGGUACCCGAACAGACAAAGCUUUGCUUAUGGCAGAAAAAGAAUUCUUUUGCGACACAUGUGGAAACCGGGUGGGCGUUCCCAAAGUCUUGAUUGUUAUUACGGAUGGCAAAAGCAGUAGCUCAUCUGCUCCCAUGACAAUUGCAACACAAGGCCUAAAGAAUAACAAAGUCACCAUCAUUUCUAUGGGAAUUGGGCAUAAGAUUGACGAAGAGGAACUUGUAGAAAUUGCAACAGACAAAGAACACGUGUUUGUGAUUGAUGACUUUAACCAUUUGAUUGAUAAGCUGAAUGCAGUGUUAAAGUUGUCAUGCGAAGCAAAUGCUUUGAGGGCAGCUUGAACGAGUGCAGUCAAGAAAGAAAAUAAAAAAAACAAACGCUACUCCAAAAUUUUGUACAUAGUUGUAAAAUCCUGUAUUUAAUAUUUACUUUGUCAUGAUAAAAAAGGAACCCACAAAAA